AUGAUCAGUAAACUGGUGCAGGAGGUAGGAGUAAUGAUCAGUAGACUGGUGAAGGAUGCAGGAGUAAUGAUCUGACCGUUGCAGGAGGUAGGACUAAUGAUCAGUAAACUGGUGCAGGAGGUAGGAGUAAUGAUCAGUAAACUGGUGCAGGAGGUAGGACUAAUGAUCAGUAGACUGGUGCAGGAGGUAGGAGUAAUGAUCAGUAGACUGGUGAAGGAUGCAGGAGUAAUGAUCUGA